AAGACGGUGAUAUAGUAAAAUAUAUCAUUUCUGGAUUGUUUUCAUGAGAUAAGAAAAUGUUCGGAUUAAGUUUACCAGAACAAAAACGAGUUUUUCUGGGACUGGGAGCUGCAUUCACAAUUCUCCUGUACUUGGUAUUCUCAAAUUUUGAUAUUGCCAAAACGCUGCUACAGGAAAAUAUUUCGAAGUACCAAAGCGGGAACAUGCUACAGGAAAACAAUUCAAAGUACCAAAGCGGGAACAUGCUACAGGAAAACACUUCAAAGUACCAAAGCGGGAAUUUUUCACAAAGAUUCAAUCGCCAAACACUUUGGAGUAGACGUAUUGUGAAAGAAAAUGGUUGUUUGGCGUUUAAAGGUGGACAAACGUUAAGAGAUGGUGUAUUGCAAAAUAUUAAAUUAUCAGACAUUUCCUAUUGCAAAAAACAAAGGUUUCUUGUCUACAAAUGUGAUUCAUCAAUGUUUUGCGGAGGUUGGGGUGACCGCCAGAAAGGAAUAAUUUCAACAUUCUUAAUGGCCGUACUUACAAAUAGAGUUUUUGUAAUCGACAUGGACAAGCCUUGUAAAUUAGAUAAUAUUUUACUUCCAAACAGUUACGAUUGGUCUUUGUGUUACAACUUUGUUAAAACCGUGUCUAAAAGAAAUUAUAUUCAAUUAAACUUUAUUGAUAAUUUAGGAAAGAUAAAGGAAACACUACAAAGCUCUGAUUUCAGCCGUACAUGGCCAAAACAAGUUGUAGCUGUAAGGGUGAACAGCUACGCAAUAGAUGAAGUAAGAAAACACAAACUUGCCACAUCAAGAUUAAAGUGGCUUUUAAAUGUUACAAAUGAAAAGGCCAUUCAUUUAGUACUUCACACAUUGUUUAAACCUGGUGAAACAAUAUUGAACGAUGCAAGUGAAUUCUAUGAUAAACACGUGCAAGGCAAACAACUGGUCUGUAGUCACAUCCGAAUGGGCCGAAAUCCAAGUAUACCCUCAGAUGCAGCUCUUAAAGUAUCUAAUGGAACUUUGCUUCUUCAGUUUUUAAAGUAUUUCGAAGAAGAAGUGCAAAACGCUAUAUAUGUUGCCUCCGACUCGGAAGAAAUAAAACAACUUGCUAGAAAAAAUUUAAAAUCAUAUAUCAACAUUAAUCGAACAAUAGUUCAUGUCGACAGACUUGGAAAAUUAAAAGCUAUAAAAUCAGAAUCUUGCAAAGGAUUGGCAACAGCUAUUUUAGAACAGUUUAUACUGUCAUUAUGCGAUAUCUUACUCAUAACUCAAAGCGGGUUUGGUACCAUGGCAGCAUAUAUGAGAGGUUUAGACGACAAUUUGUUUAUUUUUCACCCUAAAACACGUACUAUAGUCAAAUCAGAUUUGGUGAAUGUGCAAAGAGUGUUUAAAUUUCAUUAGAAAUAUACUGAAAUUCAUUCAAGGGUACAACUGAAGCAUUUCAAAAGGGACACAAUCUAUGAUUAAAAAUAUAAUGAUAUAGAAAGAGUGUUUUCCCUUUAACCAUUAAAGAUGUCAUUGAGAUAACAGUCAGUUUGAUGGCUUUUCAAUUAAAUGGAUUGAUUAUUUUUUGUAGCUAUUUACAAUUAUGUAACAGCAUGAGUUGUAUUGACUUUUUUAUGUUUGGACUUCUGUAAUGAAUGGACAAGGAUAAGUUACGUCAUCGAGCACCUGCAAACUUCUCCCAAUUGGACUGUUAUCCCGUCCAGUCGAAGACAAAAUAUUCUUUAUUCGAAUAUCAAAAAAUAAUGUAGGGCACCAAAGAUUGGCUUAAGAACUUGAUACAACUGUAAAUUUUAUUGUCUGCUGGAAUAACUUUUGUGUGGGAGUAUAUGUAGAAUUAAAAAAAAACUUUAUCCCGCAUUCAGGACUAAUCUAGGCAGUAAACUUUAAACGUUUUUACAAUUAUAUCAAGUACUAAAGGCAGUCUUUGGUGCGCUAUAUUCUAACGAUUUCUUAGAAAAAUAACAUAAUGUUUUUAUCAUUGAGUCGACGACUUGUUUACAAAAAAAGAAAAUAGUCCGAUUGGGAGCAUUUUGCAGGUGCACGAUGACGUAGUAUAUCCUACCAUUGGUAAGGAUUUUGUCUCGCAUUUGUCAUACAUUACUUUUUUUGUUUAUUUAGCUAGUCAUAAUUGUAUUCUUUUAUUGUGAUAUUAGUGAUUUUUGACUGUUAUUUUUCUGUUUGUUUGUUUGUUAUAACCAGUUGCAUAUCAUAUGCAUUGGUUUAAUAAAAACUGAAACUGAGUUAUUUUAUAAACCAAUCUCAUAUCUGAGUUCAAUUUUUUUGCACAUUGUUUUGUUAUAAUUUGAUUUGCAGGGAGAGUAAUGAGUGUCUUUGUGGUUUCACAAAUCGUUAAGUCUGAUAUCAAUGUAUUUUCUGAAAAUAUUAAAGACAUAAUAUGCUAAUCUUUUGGUAAAAUAUCUUUAUUGUAGAAAUUUAUUGAAAUGUGUAAAACUCUUAUUGAAUAUGUCUUAAUUGAGUAAAAGAGCAUACACACUAUGUGUGGGAAUCUGCGUUUCCUUAUUAGGGGUCAUGUAAAGCCGGUCCUUUAAAAACAACUGCCAGUUUAUUUAAUGACACUAUUCAUAUUGUGUCAAGUUAAAGUAUGUAGGAUUUAAAGCAUAACAUAUCUACUUUGUGUGAUUUAUUUUAUAUUUACAGAAAGACCGUGUAGCAGUUAUCAAUAUUUUCAAGUAUCAAAUCUGAGCAUAGUAUAUCUUUAAAUAUGAUAAUGUAUAAGGAACUAAGCCGCCUGAAUGUUUGGAAUGAUUAUAGAUUUAUUUCACAAAUACAUACACAAACUGUUAAAUAUAUACAAAUGAUGUAAACUAUGUAUGAUUUAUGAUAACUUGUGCUAUUUGUGAAUGUUGAAUUCAUUGUAUGCUAAGAAUGUAAUAAUCAAAACCAUGUUUAUUUUAAAUGUUCAGUACAAUUGCCCCUUUUUUUAAAAGAACAAAUCUUACACUGUUUUGACAAUAAGAGGCUAAACCUACAAAAUCCAUUUUUAGAAAGUGGUUAAUUGAAUGGGAGUAACAAAUAUUUCUUAUAAGGACAUUUCAAGGAUUUGAUUCUCAAAACAGACGAUGUUAUGGGCUGUCUGGCAUCUAAUUUGUUUUAUGUUCAAGAUUAAAUACUAUUUGAGCUUGAGCUAAUUGAAGUGAAAUAUUUGCAAUUUUUAUUUACAUUUAUAAACAAACUAUAACAAAUAACUCAAAUUUCCAAAUGCUAUGUGGUGUGAGUGUGCGCGUGUGCCCGCGCGUUUUUUGCGUGCGUGAAUUUUUCUUUCUUUUUUUUUUACUUUUCUUUUUGUUGUUAUUGUUGGUUUUUGUUGUUUGUUAAAAUCAUGUAAUUUUUAUUGUUCCUGACAGAUUUAUUUGGAAAACAUUUAUAAAUAUUUCUGAAGAUAAUACCCGUAUUUGUUUGUUUCAAUGUAAAAUCCAAGACGGAUCUAAG